CAGACAGUUCUGGAGGUUAUUUUGAAAGUGACCCCCUCACUGCCGCGGACCGCACACAGCUGUCGGGAACCAUGACACAAGAUGACGGAUACAGUUGUCGUAGAGGGACAAGUCAGACUCCGAGAGGGGAAAAAGUGGAAAAACAGAUGGGUGAUUCUACGGAAACCUUCGCCUGUAGCAGAUUGUCUGUCCCUGUUGGUGUAUAAGGAGCGUGGAGAGAAAAGUAAAGGACUGCGGGAGAGGAGUCAGGUCACGCUGAGGGAUAUCUGUGGACUAGAGGCUCUCCAGGGCUUUGAUGGAGUCAAUUAUGCGCUCAGUCUGCUCUGCCUGAGCCAGUCUGUCAUGUUGGGCUUUGACAACAGAGUGACCCUUCUGGCCUGGGACGCUCGUAUCCGCUACAGCCUUGGAGAGGUCCACAGAUUUAACGUCAGUGUCCAGCCUGGCACCAAACUAGACAUCGGCCCUGCCUCACUGCAUUUGUGCAACAACCUGCUUGUUAUUGCCAGAGACCUCCCUCCAACUGUCAUCGGUCAAUGGAAACUGUCAGACUUAAGGCGCUAUGGUGCUGUUCCUAAUGGAUUUGUCUUUGAGGGCGGGACAAGGUGCGGCUACUGGGCUGGUGUUUUCUUUCUAGCCUGUGCAGAUGGAGAACAGAUCAGUUUUUUGUUUGAUUGCAUCGUCCGAGGCAUAUCGCCCAGCAGGGGGCCAUUUGGACUGCACCCAGUCCUGCCAGACCCCAAUGCUAAUCCGUCGUCAAUAGAGGACAGAAUCAGCCAGGAAGCCAGCGAUCUAGAGAAACGACUCAGUAUACUGUCUAUUUGUAGCCAACACAGUAGUGAAGCCUCCACCUUCAGUUAUGGAGCCUCCUUGGCAGGAGACGAUAGAAGCAUCUCUAGUUCCUCCUCUGAGAACAGCCACUCUGAUAACAGCCUGGGCAGCCGCCUGGCAAUAUGGCCUGAGCCAGUCAGACAUACUACCCCUGUAGAGCCUUCGUCGACAUUGGUAGGUCCCGCAGGUUUCAAGAACACAGCCUGUUCUGUCAGCGCGUCCAGUGACGAGCGUCUAUAUGGAGCAAUGAUGGGCGGACUCCAGCCCCCGUCCAAACCACCUCAACCUAGAGGCCUUCAAGAUGCAGGGCGCCAGAGCUCUACUGACAGUGGUAUUGCCACAGGGAGCCACUCUUCCUACUCUGGAAGCUUCUCAUCUUAUACUAGUAGCAUGGAUAUUGGGCAUGGAGAGACAUAUGAUUUUGGAUCCUUGAUGAGCCUCCCUCAAAACACCAAUUCUCUAAACACAAACUCCAUUAUCAACACUCCAGUACGGACAUUUUCCAUCAUACCCGAGCACAGGUCAUGUGUGUGCCCACUCAGAGAUCCUGCUCAAAUGCAGACCACCCAAUACGAGGUACCUAAUACAGCACUGCAGCAUUACGAUAUCCCUCGUCGGCUACAAAACCACAACACCUCUAUUCAGGAAUCUUUGACUUCUGCAGUCCAGGAACUGAAGCCUGAAUGUGGAACACAAGAGGACAUCCCAGCAGAUGUCACUCCUAAUCAAACUGUCCCAGUAAGAAUCAACUGGUGUGGGGAAGGAACAGUGCCCCCUGAAGGCACCACCAUGCCACAACUACAGCCAACCAUCUGUCCUGACUGUGGGGGAGGAAAGGUGGAGGAAUGGAGUAGGCGUGAGAUGAGAAGCAGUUCUGAGCAGCACAAACCUUCUCAUGAGACUGUAGCAGAUCCAAAAGGCAAUUAUGAGCACAUGGCAUUCAUGACUGAUGCAUCCAGGUGGCCACAGUUCAGAUCUGGAGAGUAUGGAAGUAUGCUCGCCUUCCCCGUUAUUGACAAACUUCAAAGUGAUUCUGUUAAUUAUGUGAAUAUUCCCAUCAGUCCUACAUCUAAACGACAGCUGCAUUACAUGGAGCUGGAUCUGCAGGACCGUCAAGAGUCAAGCCAUACUGUCAGAGCAUCCGGCUCCAGCACUAAAUAUGCCCACAUUGAUAUCAAUGCUACUGAGACAGCACAGCGAGUCGGAGCCCAGCAUGCACAGGGUCGAGAGGAGAGACUUCAGGAACUAGAGCAGAAGAGAAAAGGAACGCUCACCUGAACACACUCAUGACAAUACAAAUACAGUGGGGUCCAAAAGUCUGAGACUCCUAGUACUUCUAUUUUGCAUUCUCUUCUGGUGUCAUUUAAAAUGUAUUAUCUGCAUAACAAUUUGGUUGAAAAGUUACAUUGAAAAAUGUACAUGAAUUUCUUAGUAUUUGGUAUGUUGACAGCACUCAAUCUGAGAUGGAUUCCACUAGUUUGUGCAAAACAUGAUGAUCCAUGUUAUACGAGCAUGAUUUAACAAUGUUCCAAAGAGCAGCUUGUGUGCAAAGGAGUUAACAAUGUCAAAAAUUUGCUUACAUUUCAGUAGUGUUUUAGACAUAGUGCUUCUUUAUUUUAUGUAAUAACUUUUCUCUGUUAACUUUUUCAAAGUCAUAAAGGUUAGUUUCUAGGCUUACAGUGGCAAGAAAUGUAUGUGAACCCUUUGGAAUUAGCUGGCUUUCUGCAUGAAUUGGUCAUAAAAUGUGAUCUCAUCUUAAUCUGUCACAAAUUUAGUAUAGUAUACUUAAACUGAAAACACACAAACAAUUAUAAUCUUUCAUGUUUUUAUUGAACACAUCCCGCUUAACAUUCACAGAGCUGUGGGAAAAGUAAGUGAACCCUUGGAUUUAAUAACUGGUCGAUUGUCCUUUUGCAGCAAUAACGCUCAACCAAGCGUUUGCGGUAGCUGCGAGUUAGACCUGCACAACGUUCAGAAUUAAUUUUGGAGCAAUCUUCUUAGGAUGUCUGGUGUGAACAGCUCUCUUGAAAAUCAUUCCACAGCAUCUCUAUUUGGUUAAGAUUUGGGCUCUGACUGGGCCACUCCAUAAUGUGGAUUACAUUUUUUUCUUAAGCCAUUCUGUUGUAAAACUUGGCUGGACGGCCACUUCUAGGGAGAGAAGCCACAGUACAUCUGUCCACAGUUAGAAAACUUUUCUAGAAAUGGAGAUGAAUAUCCAAGUUCUUAUUUGUGUUCCCUUUCCAGCUUUAUGCAAAGCAACACUUUUAUGAUGUCAUUAGCCUAGGUGUUCACAUACUUUUUACAACCUAAAAUGUGAAUGUUUGAAUGAUGUAUUUGAACAAGGACUAUUCAAUAAUUUGUGUUAUUAGUUAAAACGUAUUGUGUUUGUUCAAUAUUGUAACUAAGAUGAAGAUCAAACCAGAUUUUAAGAAAAAUUUAUACAUGCAGUAAAUGUAGGUAAUUCCUAAGGGUUCACAUACUUUUUUUUUUGCCACUGUAAAUGGGACCCCCCCCCAGCUUUUCAAUGUGGUCAGACUUGUAAACUCCACACACUUACCUUACAAAGGAAUACAUUAAUAACACUUCCUACAUUUACUUUUGCAUUGUAUUCCGUGUAACUUUGUAGUAACUUACCACGUGUAAUAUUCGCAUGGAAUAUUUAAUGUUUAUAAAUCUGAAAACAGGUACCAGACACGACUUCUUUGACUGUUGACAACUGUAAAUAUCUAUUUUUAUGUUAGUGAC